AUGAUAAAAUGGAACACUGGUGAAAUGGAAGAAUUAUUUAAACAGAAUACUGAAAUGAAUGAAUGUAUUAUAAAUGACCUAUUAUUUACAGUCAACUCAGAAAAAGAAAAAUAUUUUAAUAUGAGGAAAAGUAUGGAUGAGAAAUGUACCAUUAUUAUUAACAGAAAGAAAAGAAAAAUCGAGAGAGACCUACUGGAAUAUAAGGAGAACAGGAGCUAUCCUUUACCUAAAGCUAAUAGAAAGACUACUAAUAAUGAAUGGAAUAAAUUAGAACAUAAAACAUCUGAGCAAGAGUAUGUACGGGACAGUGAAGGAAGACAGAAUUUACAAGGGCAGAAUGGGAAUUAUGUUUAUAGAAAUGACCCUUUAGAAUUUCCGCCCCUCCGCAGAUCCAAAAGGAUAAAAAACAGGAACCAAGCACAGUUCAACCCAAUGUAUGCACGGGAAAGUUUAUCAGAAAUGAAUUCAGAUUCUAUAAAAGAAGAGUUGAUUAAGAGCAGUAAACAUGAUAUUAGUGUUUUAUCUGAGAAGGAACCACCUUCUACUUCCAAAAGGAAAAGCCCAGAGGGGCAAGAAAGUCAUGACGGAAGUGAAAGAAUCUAUAAUGGAAUUCAUGCAAGAGACAGCAAAGAACCUGAGGACAGUUUGUCAGAAAUCAAUUCAAAGCCGGAUGAAGAGGAGUCUAUUAAGUGUAGUAAACAGUAUAUUAGUGUAUUAUAUGAGAAAGGACUCCCUCCUGCUUCCAAAAGGAAAAGUCUGGAGUGUAACGACAGUCAUGAUGGCAGUAGAAGAAUCCAUAUUCAAACUCAUGCAAGGGACAACAGGGAAGAAGUUAGUUCAGAAAAACGACCUGAGGAUGAGCUGGAUAUGAGUAGCUCUUUAGUUUCCGGUGCUGCCAGCAGUGUUAAACAUAAAAUGGAUGUCAGACUCACUACACCCAAGAAAAAAAAUCACUUAAUGCCAGUGAAAAGAAAAAUAGGGUAA